AUGUCACGUGAACAAGUCGACUUUGAGAACCUGGAUUCUACACGAGAAGAUUUUGAAGAGCAAUUGAAGCAAAUUGAGCGAGUACAAGACGACCUUCUCCGAGAACUCGACACAGAACGCGCCAAAUUGAGCGAAUAUCAAGAGUUAUUGGUUCAGCAUCAGAAGAAGGGCAAGUUCUUGGACGAACUAAGAGAUUUUCGAUACAACCGUUAUGAUGACGAUCAUCUAAAUUCGAAGGGGGAAAAAUUCUUGCAAUUGGAGAUGGAAGCCUUAAAAUGGCAAUUGAAUGAACUAGAGCGAGACCUUCAAGCUUUGUGGGCUUCAGCACACAACCAUUCUUCUUGCAAAGUUUCACAAAACAAAGGAAACAGUCGUGAGUGUUCCAAGGAUGAAGCCUUAAAAGGCUUGGAACAAGGAGUUUCCGCCUUAAAAUUGGAUGUGAUCCAAGCCAAGUUGACCAAGGACAAAACAGAACACAGCAUUCAACACGAAAAGGACAGAGUUAAUGAGUUAAACAAGCACAUAUUAGCUUUGCUUAACCCAAGGAAACCACCAAAUCACAUUGACGUGGACCAAAUUUGCAUCGAUUCCAUGGAUCUACGGAGGAAAAUCGAGCAAGUAACUCGUCAAAGAAACCAUUCCGAGGUUCUCCUGGAAUUGAACCGGGAUCAGGUUCGAAAUCGACGGGAUUCAGGACUGCUUCGGUAUUCUCAAGUGGCCAAGAUCCUACAGGAUCCCAAUUUAGACGAGGAGGAUCGACGAGAUUGCCUUCGAAAUCUGACUCUUGCCUUGCUUGAGGUCCUUCAAGUGAAGGAUUGCGCCCUAGACCAACAACUCCGAUGGAACAAGUCUCUUGGAACUCGAUUGCAGCUAUUGAACCAAAAGAGGCCAGGUUUGAUCAAGGACGAAGAAACGCCCAUUUUGGAUCUUCCGACACAACACGAUGUGCAAGUGGAUUUCCAACAGCCUCAAACCACCAAUAAGCCUAACUUGAAACAUUCCUACCUGUGA